AUGUCUGAAAUCACACUUACUCGCCACUUGGACACGAAGCCUCGCAAAGGAUCGGCGUUCUGGCUAGCCUUCGCCUCCAUGCUAGUCGCGCUGUUUCUUAGUGCUCUUGAUAUGAGCGCAAUCCCUACUGCUCUUCCCACCAUAGUUGACGAUCUAGAGGGUGGCGACAAGUUCAUCUGGGUUGGUUCCGCAUACGGCUUGGCCAGUACUAGUGAGGUUCGCUUUGCGGACGUAUUUGGCCGGAAGCACUUGCUGCUUGCUAGCAUCACGCUCUUUGCACUAGGAAGUGCAUUGGCCGGAGCGGCGCAGGAUAUGAACUUGUUGAUCGUAGCCCGAGUCGUCCAGGGGCUCGGUGGUGGUGCGAUAUUUCUGUUGACGGAAAUCAUUACUUCAGAUUUAGUACCACUGGCGGAGAGAGGUACCUAUCAAGGAUAUCUGAUUCUGGCCUAUUCUAUGGCUUCUGGUAUUGGACCAGUGGUUGGCGGAGUUCUAUCUGAUAAGGCGUCAUGGAGGUGGAUAUUCUACCUCAACCUACCCGUGACGGGGGUCGCAGCUUUCUUGACAGCCGUCUUCCUGCACCUUCACUCUCCUGAAGGAUCCAUCUGGGCAAAACUGGUUCGAAUGGAUUGGUUUGGCAAUGCCCUAAUGGUGGCAGGCUCCACGCUGACCCUCAUUGGCCUUACUUGGGGCGGGAUCCGCUAUUCAUGGAGCUCUGCCCAUGUGCUGAUUCCCUUGGUAUUGGGCAUUGCUCUUAUGGCGAUAUUCUUUGCCUACGAGCGUGCGGUCGUGGUGGAGCCAAGUUUGCCACUGGAUGUGCUGAAUAACCGCACAGUCCUUGCUGCUAACUUCGCUACGUUUGUCCACGGUAUCGUGGCUUUGGCUGCAAUCUACUACAUACCCGUGUACUUCCAGGCUUGCAAGGGGGCAUCACCUAUGCGGUCAAGUGUCGAUACCCUACCGAUCGCACUAGUCAUCUCCCCAUUCGCUAUACUUUGUGGCGUUACUACCAAGAUCACCCAAACAUAUCGUCCGAUUAAUCUUCUGGGCUGGGUCUUAUCCAUAAUCGGGUUCGGACUUUUAACAUUACUGCGACCCACGACUCCCAUGGGACAAUUGGUUGGCUUCCAAUUUCUCAUGGCAGCAGGUGUUGGCAUUGUGUGGGCGGCAGUGAUAUACCCCGUCCUCGCACCGCUCCCAGUUACCAGGAUCGCCGCUGCCCUCGGUUUCUUCUCGUUCUGUCGUUCGUUUGCCCAGACCUGGGGAAUUACUAUCGCAGGAGUUAUCUUACAGAACCAACUGAAGAGCAGACUCCCGAAGUCAUUUGUCGCGCGAUAUCCCGAAGGCGUCGAGAUCGCUUAUGCCACGAUUCCCAUGAUACCUUCUUUGGAAGAGCCUCUGAAAACCGAGGUACAAGAUGCCUUCGCGGCGAGCUUCUCAGUAAUCUGGAAGGUCAUGAUAGGGUUCUGUGCGACGGGCCUAUUAUCUGUUUUCCUGCUCAAGGAGAUUCCAAUGCUCCGACACACGGACGGUACAUACGCGCUCAAAGAGCGAUCGGCGGAGAUGGAUGCGGAGAGGGCUGGAGUGAAGCCAUAA